CUUCUUGUUCAAACGAAGCAGUUUAUCAUCGAGUAUGAAUCGUGACCAUGCUCAUCUACUCGAUGCUAUACUAGCAUCAAGCCAUUGUGAUUAUUCACACACGACAAAUAUGCUCAGGAAAACGGUUGCACAGGACAAAUAAACAACAACUGCUUGCGAAGACCACUUACACAUAUCCCCGUCGUACUGUGCUGCAGAAUUCGAAAACUUAGCCUGACGGCGGCUUGCCGAAUCCCGCGGGAAUGGAGUUUCACAAGCUUCCGCCUUUGAUCCGAGUAUCAACAGAUCACAGUUUGACAGUGUCGUUGGUCGGUAAUUCAGCAAUGUUAACAACCACAACCACAGAAAACAGGUGCUCGUCCAUCAUCACCAAAGGGGUUUUGUUAUUUGCACAACACGGUUCAACCAACAAUGGGAUCGUGAAUUCCACGUCGCCCAAUCACACCCCGAGACUUCUGGUAGCUGUUUUUCGAGUCAUGGAGGCCCCUGGUCAUAGAAUUAGACAUGAUCUGAAUCCGAGACGUCCCUUGCUAAUAAUACAACUCGAAUUUGUGCUCAAGGCGGGACUCCGCCCGUAUCCAUGUGAUGGCGGAGAAUCAUCUUAACUUUGUUCCCCGAUAGAUAUAAAUCAAACUCUUUUUCACCUGCCGCCUGUCGAACAAUGAAAUGAACCCCAUCCCAUGAUCUCUAGUCCUAGAUUAACUUUUUUGAGGAUUGAACAAACGCGCAGCAUCUACUCGCCUUUGUCCUGAUUCGUCCUAUUCCCUCGCACUAGUCAUUUAUCAAUCCUUUAACCGUUCUGUUCUCUUAACGUUGCCCAACAUGUCGGCUGUGGUAAUGACCCUCAAGCAAAAGUUGUUCGUGCAGCCAAUGGCUGCGCCGGACAGCUUCAAAGGUAAAAAGGCCCUCGUAACAGGCGGCACCGCUGGACUCGGCCUUGCCACCGCCAUUCACCUGGCGCAGCUCGGAGCUUCAACCAUCGCCAUCACCUGCAGAGACGCAUCCCGCGGUGAGAGUGCCAAGAAGAAGAUUGAAGAGGCCGCCGGCUCUUCAAAUGUCACCGUCAAGGUGCUGGAGCUCGACAUGGGCAGGUACCCGUCGGUUGUUGCUUUUACCGAGACCGUCAAGAAGGAGUUUGCCACCGAGGGUGGUCUGGAUUGGAUCUGUCUGAAUGCAGGAGUACACAAUGCUUCAUGGGAGCAGAGCCCUGAGGGUUGGGACAUGGUGAUUCAAGUCAACGUCCUCAGCACGGUUCUCAUCUCGUUACUGCUGCUGCCCUGGCUCAAAGAGCUCCGCAGCCAGCGCCAAAGCCCGGCCCACCUCACCAUAGUCAGUUCCGGCAUGCACAUGAGUACCAACAUCUCCAGGUGGGAGAAGAUCGCCGGCCAGGACGGUCUGCUCAAGCACUUUAGCGCCAAAGAGAACUGGCCCGGGGCCGCGGGCCAGUAUGGGAACUCCAAACUGUUGCUGCAAUAUUGCGUCCACGAGCUCUCGCAGCAGGCGCUUGACGCUCAGGGAAAACCCGACCUUAUCAUCAACACAUGCUGUCCCGGAAUGGUCUGGACCGAGAUAACCCGAACGCUCAAGGAAAAACACUUCAUCCUCAGGGCUGUCGAGCCACUUGUAAUGACACUGGUCGCUCAAACGCCUGAAGUUGGCUCCCGUACCUACCUUAAGGCGGGGCUCACUACUGAGGCCGACCAUAGCAAAUUUAUUACCAACUACCUUGCAGACGAUGCGUAUGUCAAAAAAUCGAAACCCGUGAUUACGAGCGAAACCGCCCAGAAGGUCCAGAGACUUGCCUGGGCCGAAGUAACACAGGAGCUCACAUCCAAGGUGCCUUCUGUCUCGCAAGUCUUGACAACGAAGUAGAGACAAGAGGUCACUGGAGUGGUGAGGGAGACCAAUUUUGGGUCAGAAAAGAAUCGCUGUCGCUUGAACCUGCCAUACUCUGUUCUAAUCUCAGUUUUAGCUCUAAGACACUGCAUAGAAAUACCCAUGUAAUAAAUCUCUUCAUAAAGCUUCUUUCAUAUUCCC